AUGAGUCUAAGAACUAAUGAGGAAUUACAGUCUUUUCCACUGAGGGCUUUACCUCCAUCUCCAACGUCUUCUUUGAAAAGACGUCUGAUGAGGCUGACGAGAAAAUCCAGCGAUGGUUCAAGGUCGAGUUCGUCUACUGGCAGUUCAUCUACUGGCAGGUCAGCCGAGGCUGUGGCUUUCAGGCAGCCUUGCAAGAGCCGCAUCCGUCACCACACUAACCGCCUCUCAGGAGUCUUCCUUCGCGGCGCCGCCUCUGGCUCGCUCCCCAUGGCCGUGUCCACCCAAAUCGGGAAAGGAAGCGCGAGCAUUGUCGACGCCGAAAGCGUGGACGAUCCAUCCGAGCUGUCAAAUCAGUUAAGUGCUCCUGGGAUCUUAAAGAUAUUCGGAAGUGAAAUCUGCAAAGGAGCUCACUAUAAGAGUGUCUUGGCCACCACGCAUUCCAGUGCGAAGGAGCUGGUCAAAGAGGCCCUAGAAAGGUAUGGCCUCAAAAAAGAAGAGGAAAGUUCCUUCGUUCUGUGCGACACGAUCGGUUCUAUCGGCAAGGGUCAGUGGAAAACCGAAGGGUUCCGAGUCGUGGGCGACAACGAGAAGCCGCUCCUCUUGCAGUCGCUAUGGAAACCAAGGGAGGGCCUUGCGAGACGCUUUGAAAUCCAGAGGCGGAGCCUGGUGGAAGAACAGACAUCCAGAGAUAAAGACACCAUCACUGCUGGUAUCAACGCUCAGGCCCGUAAGCUGCAGAAGAGUCGCUCCAGGGUUCAUUCCACGCUCAUAUCGAGAUCAAGCAGUCCUAGCCAAAAAAUCUGGAGGAGUAAAAGCGACAUGGACCUAAUAGAUGUGGAUUCAGACACCAAAGAAAAUCAGGUUGAAGGUUUGACCAUGAAUGGGACCUCAGUGGAGAGCCCGCAAGCAAGGGCAGAGCUGGAUGACAUUGAACUUGCAGUUCCCUCUAAGGGGGAUGGUGCCUCUCAAACUAAAACAGAGAGCCUCUGUCCGUCGAGGCCGAGAGGUGAGCAGGAAGGAGAGGAGUUUGAAAGGGAGGAGACGGAAAGUAGUGACGAUAACGCCACACAGUACUCCAUUCACCCACCUCACGACUGUCCGUACCUGCUACUACUACACGGCCGCAGCCUUGUACAGGACUUUGUCCUCUACCUACUUACGAGUCCAAGCAUUGUAUUAGGACAACAAAAUGAGAGCAGAGAUGUAUCACAAGCAGACAUUGUCCUCCAGGCUGAAGAUAUUCUUCCAAAGCAUUGCGUUUUUCAUCGCAUUAGCACUAGCGGAUCAACCAUGCUGUGCCCUUUUCCUGGCGCUGUGGUCACAAGGAAUGGCAACUUAUUAAAAGAGAAAGUACAACUCUACCCUGGUGAUGUCAUCGGGCUUGGACAAAGCUACCUGUUUCUGUUUAAAGAUCCCUUGAUACACAAGGUAAUAGACGUAUACAAUACUGCUCCAAAGGCCAGCUCGCCAACUCUCCCCCGCUUGUUUGGUCGCACUACACCUGCUCCGACAAUAAGUCCGACAAGAGAUGCGAUACGCUGCGACGACUGCGGUGACUUUGCAAGUCUGACCGGCAAAAAAUGCCUCAAGAGAAGACGUCCAUUUCUGAAAUCCCCAGAGGGUCACUGCUUGAAUUUGAACUAUCGGGUUGACGAUGAGCAUUUCAUCAUCAAACAAAUAAUUGCAAAAGGAAGCAGAUUUGUCCAAGACGGACCUUCACUGAGUGUCUCGUUCCUGAUGUGUCUGUGCAUUCAGUAUUCAGCUUCAUAUCUUCGUACCUCAGACCUGAGAAGGCUUCUGCUGCUUAUUGCUAGUGAGAUUCAGAGCGCUGUUUGGGAGCAAACCAAGGAAAUAUCAGCUUUCCCGAAGGAAGUCAACAAGGACAUAAUCACAGGACUGUUACCCCUAGUGGCGUGGUUGUCAAACAGCCUGGAGUUGCUCCAGUUCAUCAAGAAUCAGCUGCCUCUCAUCUUGGAGUGGAGGAUUCACCAAGAGAAUGAAGACGCAAGAGAAGAAGACGACGAUGGGGAGAACUUGGACCUGCUGGAGCUACAGUUGUCCUGUGUGCGCUCAGCCAGUGAAGAAACAAUAGAAGCCCUGGAGGAGGUCAUCAUGCUUACCUUUCAGCAGUCUGUGUACUACAUUACCAAGGUUCUGUAUCCUAGCCUUCCGGGCUUUCUGGACUGCAACCCAUUCAAGGAAGGCCUUGAGGGACACUCCCUGACUGACGAGAGUAUUCCACCCCAACAUAGCAGCGAGUUGACGGCCCGUGAUGGAGUCCAGCAGGUUUUGGAGGUCCUAUCCGAAACACAGAACCUACUGUUAGACUGUCAGCUCCACCCUGAGAUUUCCACACAGCUCAAUGCCUUCCUAUUCUACUUCAUCAAUGCGUCGCUCUUCAACUUACUCAUGGAGAGAGGCGCGGAGCCAGGUUUUUUUCAGCGGUCGACAGGCAUGCACAUACGGACCAAUUUUGACUUGUUCCUAAACUGGUCCCAGACGGCCGGAUUGGAAAAAUUGGCAUUUGAGCGCACGCGCGCCCUCUCGUCGGCGAUCUGUCUUCUUACGACGCCUAAGAAAAAUUUAUUCCAGACCUCUUGGACGUCGUUACGAUCUGACUUCCCUGCCCUGAAUGCGGCUCAGCUGAACCACCUGCUUAGUAUUUAUAUCCCGACAUGUCCCGCCAGGCACAAAUGGAAUCCCUGUGCCAGAGACCAAACCGAAGCGCAUAGAACCGAGGACAUUCUGCAGAGUUUCGAUACCCACCAUCCUCUUGUGCUACCAGAUGAAGAUUACCAGUUCAUUGUGGGAAGCACAGUAACAGAUUCUGGACUAAUAGAACACUUAAACAAGCUUCGAGUGUUCAUUUUCAACCUGUCUAAUUUACAGCAACACCAGGUAACCGGGACACAUUUUAUGUUGAAAGUACUGUCAAACAAUGGUGGUUACUCGCUGCACACCAAUUUCAUUCAGGAAACAAUGGAAACCCCCGAACAUCUGUUGUUAUCUCAGCCCACUGUCCAGACUCUUCAAUCAUUGCCUGACUCACCUCCAUCAACUCCCUCCUCCAUCCACGGAUACCUGGAUGACUUGAGCUCCUGCGGUGCUCACCUCUUGUCCCAGAAGCUUCGGAAUCUAGAGCUUCAAACAGGAGACAUGGAGAGCAAUGAGAUCAGUAGGUCAACAAUGGACCGCUCCUGUCUCCUCACUCCACCCAACACCCCCCUCAUCCUAGAUCCUGUUCAUUUGCCCAAAGAAGACCAAGAUGCACAAGCCUCCUCAGAUGAAGGUGGUUUAAUGUCGGAAUGUCUAGCUGCACUGAAAGAUGACCAUCUCUCUCAAGAUUACACCAGUAUGAAAAGGAUUUUCGAACUCAUAGAGGAGGAGGAAGAGGAAGCCGAAGACGUAAGCAACCAUUUCGAUGAUAACAACGACGAGAUCUUCAGUUUGGAGCUCGAGCGGGACGGAAACGGUCUUGGUCUUGCGCUAAUCGACACGAGGGACAUGCCAUUGAAGGUAAAAGGCAUCUUCAUCAGGGCAGUGGUUCCUGACAGCCCUGCAGCCCGCUGUGAGAAGCUGCAACCAGGAGAUCGGAUCCUUGCCGUUAAUGGAGUUAGUCUGCUUGGCCCUAACUGCCUAAGUGGCAAGGAUUUGAUGCAGUCAUCAGGUGAUAGACUGAGAUUAUUGGUGGUCAGAUCUGAUUGGAUGGCCAAGGCUAUACAGACUGAAUGCUGA